AUGUCAGAGUUCACAAGCUGUAGAGGCAGCCAAUUAGUCAUGGAUCAUCACAGUGAGGAUAUUAAGUAUGAAGAGGAAUUUAUCGUGAACUCCAGGGGCACCAAGCUGUUCACUUGCAGAUGGAUACCGCAGAAUUUUCAGCCUAAAGCUUUGAUCUUCAUCUGUCAUGGAAUUGCAGCAGAGUGCAGCAUAUCAAUGAGAGAUGCCGCAGCUCGGAUGGUGCGGGCUGGAUAUGGCGUUUAUGGGAUAGAUCAUGAGGGCCAUGGCAGAUCAUCUGGACGGAGGUGCUACAUACCAAAUUUCAGCGACAUCGUCACAGACUGCUCCGAUAGUUUCAUGAGUAUUUGCGAGAAGCCAGAGAACAGGGAAAAGAAGAGGUUCCUUUACGGCAUCUCUAUGGGCGGAAGUGUGGCUCUUCUCCUCCAUAAGAAGUCGCCAGACUACUGGGAUGGUGCCAUCUUGCUUGCUCCUAUGUGCAAGGUCUCUGAUGACAUGAAGCCUCAUCCAAUAGUCGUCAGCGCUCUGACAAUGAUUUGUGCUGUCGUGCCUAGUUGGAGGAUCAUACCCACACCUGACAUCAUUGACAAAGUCUGCAAAGAUCCAGAGAUGAGAAAAGAGGUUCGUUCCAAUCCAUAUAUAUACAGAGGAAAGCUCCCCUUGAAAACUUGUCAUGAACUCCUGAUGGUCAGCCUAGAUAUUGAGAAGAACUUGAAUCAGGCAAUUCCCUUUUGCUCUCAUCCUGGUUGGGGAACUAUUCUGCUGUUUGAAAGCAUGGUAAAGAAUUUCAGUUAUUCAGGUGACGAUGCCAUUCCUGGUCCUGCACGGUGGAGAUGA